AAUAACGAAUAUUUUGAAUGACCAAUAUUUGAUAAAUACAAAAUAGAGAAAUAUGAAAUCCAAGUACAGCAAGUCCAAAAUAAAGAAGCAAAAUAUCAAUCUUGAUUGCUCUUUUCUUGAUCAUCUGAGUCGUACCCUUAAUUGUCAUCUGAAUCUUCUUCUUCAUUACUUUUGUUCACCCUCUCGUGAUGCUUGCGUUUAUUUCCAGCAUUUCCAACCUUACUAGACUUUCUCACUUCCCAUCUAAGAGCACAACACAUAAUUAACAAGGUUAUAAAGGAAUCCAAAACAAAAUGAACCCCAUAAUUCCAAAACAUAAAUUCAAAACAAACGUAAACCCAUGUUCAAUGAUUUGUGUUAUUCUUCUUGGCUUGAACAAUAUAGAAUGACAAAACUUACCUAUGUUUUGUUUCUUCCUCUUGUUCAAGAACCGAGAAAGCCAAACAAACGAAAUUCAGAACCCUUGCCCUGCUUCUUCUACUUAUUCAAAACCCAGAAAGACAAAUCAAACGGACCCUAUAAUCUAAUCAACGCGAACAAAUUGACAGAUUGCUGCAAAAAAAAAUGACAAUCACCACGUGUAAAACUAAGUGAUUGAUUCUCUUCCGAUCGGCUACAGAGAGAUCUGAUUCGCCGGAUUUGGAUCGCCGAUCCACCCCUGUAGCAGCUUCACCGGCUAGUUACACAUGAGCAUCGUCGAUCUUCAAGACUCAAAAUGGUCGCCGCCGAGCUCUCCUCCAACUGAGGCGCCAACUUCGUUCUCCUGCACCCAUUGUGCCUAGCUCGAUCCCUUUUCCAGAAGCAAUAAUCGACAUAAUCUCCAUCUGACCAUCUCCCUUCACCAUAAAACCUAGAAACAUAAACUAAAAAAAAUAAAAUACCCAUAAUCGAAAGCCAUUAUCGCACGACUUCUUCGUAGACACAAGGAACGGCGACAAAUUUCUUCACCUCUGCUUAUAGUAAAAAACCCUAAAAACUCAGGGGAAGGCAAAUCGGAACCCUUGUGCCCAUAAAUCUCCGCCGUUCCUCACAGAUCGGACAACUACUGGUGCACCUCACCACAACCAACAAAACAAUCAACCCGCCGCCGCUCCUCCCUGUCGAUGUUGUCUAUAGAUCAGUAUCAAAUAUCAAUACAUGCAACGCAGAAAACAAAUACAGAAUCGGAGGGCAAAGCUCGCAUGCAGAGGGAAAUAGGCGAGCAACGGUGUCAGUGGCUGGAAGAAGGAUGCAGGAGUUGAAAGAAGAGGAGGGGUAUAGAGGAAGGAGGAGUAGCAGCAGUCGUUGGAUAUGUUUGCUAAGGAAAAGAAAAACUUAAGGAAGAAGAAGAGGCGGCUGCGUAGUGGGGAAGAGCAUAAGAGGAAGGAAGGGUAUAAAAUUAUAAAUUAAAGCAGUGGCUCAUAAUCUUUUGGGAGACUUACUUCAAUUGGAGAAGGGGAUAUGUUGGCGGGCUAAGCAAAAUUUGGACGGGCGAGUAUGUAUGGGUAGGUAGAUGUGGUUUAGUGGUUAGGAUACAAUGUAUUGAUGAUGGUGAUGUUAUAGGGUAUAUGUUUAUGAUUUUUAUUAGAUUUUACAAUUAAAUUCAUGACAAAAUAUAUUAAUUAACAAAAUCAAAACUUAUAAGAUCAAUUUUGUUUGGCAAAAUUCAUAUGUAUAGCCAAAAUUUUGCCGUUUGUGACAAUAAUAGCCACUUUUGGGGAAAUACCAAUAAUAGCCAGAAUUUUGAAAGUUUGAUGACAUAUAUAGCCAUUUCCAUUACAUAAUUUGACGGUGUCAGUAACACCGUUAGUCAAAUUAACAGAACGCUUACGUGACUGCCAACUCACCAGACACAUCAUCGACAACUCAACAAACCUUGCCACAUGGAUGCCAUGUCAUAUUUUAAUUUAAAAAUAAAUAAAUAAUAAACUAAAAAUAAAAUAAAUAACAAAUAAACUCAACUCAACAACACCGCCGCUCUUCUCUCCAACUCUUCCUCUACCCAAUCGCCUCCAGAUCCAAUCGCCUCCUCCGCCCCCUCGGUGUCGCCGCCUCCUCCCUCUGUCGCACAAUCGCCUCCUCCCACUAGUGGGUUUUGAUGUCGAAAAUGAAGAGGAGAAGAUUGGGUUGUUGACGUAAUCCAUCAGAAUUAGGGACGAAGGAGAUGGCGGAGAUUGUCGAUGGAGGUUACGGAUUGAAUUAGGGAUUGAGGAGAUUGGCGAUGGAAUAUGGGACUAUGAGGAGAUGAACUCCAUGGUUUGGAUGUUUGAUUCUGGGGUUGGAGACUCUGGGGAACUCGAUCUGUCUCCUCAAGACGAAAAUGCUUCGUUGACGACGACAGCGGCGGGUCGUGCCUUUGCAUCAACUCACGCUGACGAGCUCACACCAGUCGUUUCCAGUGCUCGCCGUUGGGUACCACCGGUACCAAAUCCCUCCUAUUGUCGUCAACGAUCAGCAUCACCACCCCCCCAGGCCUGAAUUCAAGAAUCUAAUGAAUUUGGGAGGAAGAACUAGGGUUCUUGAAUUUGGGGGUUUUCAAAUCCGAAUCUGGGGUACAAUUUCUUAUAGACCAGGAGCGUUGGACAUCAUAUUCAAAGCUUCUCCUCUAUUUUGUGUAGUAAGAAAAGAAAAGUGGUUUUAGGAUCAGUGGUGGAGACAUGGAGGUGGAGUGGAGUGGGGAGGAGAAGAUGGACAAGAAGCAGAGGUAGCCGAAGGGUGAGGGAUUUUUUUUUUACUGUGGAGAGAUAUUAUUGUUCUAUGUUUUUUUUUUGUAAUUUUUUUUAUUUAAGUUAAUUAAAAUAAAAAGAUAAAAUUAUGAUGGUUUUCCACCUAUCAUUGCUACUUACGAAAUUGUUGCCAUUCAGUCUUUUCGUUAGUCCAGUCAGCACGUUUACUAACACCGUCAAAUAAUUGGAUGGAAGUGGCUAUUUUUGGUAUUUCGCCAAACGUGGCUAUAUUUGGCUAAACCAUCAAAGUUUUGGCUACAAAGCUGUAUUUUGCCAUUUUUUUUUUUAACAUAUGUUCAUGAAUCAAACGAUUUAUCAUUAGGGAAUAAGGUAUUGAGGUUUAGGGUAUAAGAUAUUGAUAAGGAUUUCUCAAUUUUGGUUAAAAACAUAUGUUUUAUAAUACUCUUUAUGUUGUGGUUGUAUUAGGAUUAUUUGAUAAAAAAUUUGAAAAUGUAGAUAUCACCUUAAUUAUUAGCUAGUAUACUUUACCCCUUCUAAUCCCUAAGUCCUUCCUCCAAACCGCCAACCUUCUGCGUCAAUCUAUCCCCUUACCACUUACGCUACAAUGUCAUCUUAAAAGGAAUAAUCCCAAUAAACUACAGUUGCUUUGCAAGAUACAUCCCACCUUCAAAUACGCCAUUGAUGAGAAUUGAAAUAAAAACGUUUAGACAAGAGGAAGACGAGCCAUUAUUCAAAUCUUGAGAAAGAUUCACCUCUCUUUUACUCUAGUGCCCACACCACGGUUAGCCGAUUGGCUUCAAGUGGAAAGCUUCUAUAUAAUGGACUAACUUGUGGCUCUCGAAAUUUACUUGAUGCCUCCAGUGGAGGAGCUAUUCGGAACAAAGAAGUAGGCGAGUUGCAAAAGUUAAUUGAAAACAUGGCUCCCUAUAGCUAUUAUUGGGGUGAUAGUAGGCGAGGAAAGAGUUAAGGAUAUGAAAUGUGCUAAAAAUCGAAGAACCAUCCUCAUCAUCGGCACAUCUUUAGUAAUUGACAAAGAAUAUUGACUUUGUUGCAUCAACCAUGAAGAAAAAUGGCAAGCAAGUGAUGAAAUGUGAUUGGUGGUGAUUUGUGGAGAAUGCCGCAAACAAGUUUUCAACCUUGGAGGCCGGUCAAAGAAAUCAUCGAGCAACACUUCAAAACCUUGAAGCACAAUUGAGCUCUAUGGCUCAAUCUCUAUCAGCAAAACCUCAGGGAGCUUUACCGGGUAAUACGGUACCUAACUCAUACGAAGGAUGUCAUGCGGUAACUCUUAGGAGUGGCCAACCAUUGAAGAAAGUUUCGAGUUCAAAACCCCGAGCACCACAUAGGGAAGAUCAAGGAGAAGUUAUUCAAGAAGAUAAGAGUGUUGAAGAGGAAGUGAUGAUAGUCCCCACCAAGAUUAAUGUCGAAGAAGACGAAAACUCAAAGAAGCCUCAAGUAUCCGAAGAAAUUCCGAAGGCACAUUAUCCUAAGAGAUAAUUCGAGAGUGAUCUACAUCAAGAAUGUGCUCAAUAGAAUGAUACCCUCAAGCAACUUAAGGUAACCAUUCCUUUCUUGGAAAUGGUUAUAAAGAUUCCUAAAUAUACUAAGUUCUUAAUGGAAGUUUUAUCGGGAAAGAUAAAAAUGGAGGAAGUUGCUAUGGUUUCUAUGACUGAGUUCACUUUUGUAUCAAUUGGUUGUGAAGGCAUGCAACCAAAGAUGAGAGAUCCGAGAGUAUUCAUUAUUCAAUAUACCUUUAAUGACAAGACCUUUUCGAAUCCUUUAGCCGAUUUGGAUUCAAGCAUUAACAAUAUGCCUACGAGGAUCUAUAAAGAGCUCGACCUAGGACCACUCACUCCUACAAGUAUGAAGAUUCAAACAUCAUCAAAUGAUCAAAAAAUACUCUGAGUGACUAGCCACGGAUGAGGCGGCUGAGAGACUUCAUGGUCUUCACCUUGGACUUCUGAUAACACCUAAAUUGGUGUUAUUUGCCCUUCAUAUUAAGGUUUUUUUCAUGCCAAUCAAUGUGCAUAAAUGCUUAAACAUCGUCAAUUGCAUUCCUAUUUUGUUCCAAUUUGAAUUCGAUGUGAUUUUAGGGUGUAUUAGACGAUAUAUGCUAAUUAGGUAAAAAAAAAACAAGGUCACAAGUGUAGCAAGAGGGCAAAAGAUUGAAGAUCGUGGCCUAGAAGUGAAGAUCACGACCAAGAUCCUGGACUGCGAAGUCAAGGUGAAGAUCGCGGCCUAGAAGCCCAAGAUCGCGACCGCGAAUUGAAGGGAUCAAGGUGAGAACUUUGAGAAGAAGGAGUCGCGGAGAAACAGAGAGUUUCCCCAGUUGAAUCAUGACCACAGUGCAUUUUGACCGCGAGGAAGAUCGCUGAUCUCGAUCGCAAAGUCAGCCCAUGAUCUCCUCAAUUUCGGAGGCCAGUAUGACUGCGUUUCAAGAUCGCGGUCUCACCUCUGAACAUCCCGCCUGCGAUCUCUUCCUUCCUGGCCACGAAAUUGUCCGUCCUUUGAUUGCCUAUAAAUAGGAGACCCCUUUCCCACUUUUAGAUCAGCUGAUUUUGAGAGAAGAAUUUCUGGUUUUAGAAAGAGAGAAAAGAGUGAGAGAAGCUAAAGGAAGUAGAAGAGGAGAAGAAGGAGAAGGAGGUAGAAGAGAGGUGGCAUAUUUUUCAACCUCAAGUAUUCUUCAAUUUCUUCUAUGUAUCUGCUUCCCUCAUUUAUGGAAUAGUCCUCUAAGUUACUAGGGGUUCUAAACCCCAAACCCCAGUUUUAGGGUUUACUAUGUAUGUAUGGAUAUUUUAGGGUUUGAAUGAAUGAAUGUGUUUAUCUAGUUGUUUCUAUUGCUAUUAUAUCUUUGAUUGUGUUUGGGUAAGUCGCCCUAAUCUUCUCUAUUAGCCUACUUUAUGCUUCUACACAGGGUAUGGAGUUCUAGGGUUAGACGGGUAUGCUUGAUAAAUUAAAUCGAGGUAGAUGUAUGAAUAGGGACAUAUAGUGGUCGAGGCGACCGAACCCCUACUAUAGGUAGCCUUCCUAGAUAGAACACAGGAUAAAAAAAUCUACGUGGAUGGUGGAUAGUAUCCCUUGAAGGAGCUACGAGCUUCAGCUUAGUGCCCCAGAUACGAUAGGCUAGAUCGAGGUGACUUUAUAUGGGUCUAGGGGAGGCGUACUCAGAGGUGUGUGGAUAACCACGAAAGCCCAUGAAAACGAGCUCACUCACCACAUUCGAUAACCCUAAGUAUCUAGAUAUACAUAGUAGCCCUAGGCUAGGGUGAGGGAUAGUUCCCCGAAGUACCUGCUUUUAGAUUUAUUCAAUCUCUAAACUAGUAAUUCCCUCAAAUCCUCCACUCAAACCUCCAAAACCGAUUAACUAAUUAACAACAUGGUGGGAAGUAGGCUAGGGUAAUAGGAACCGAGUAAAAUAUGACCUUGAUUACCACUAUAAAAAAAUGCCAUCUUAGGUUAAACUUGGCUUAGGAUGGAGUAGUUGUUGACACGUGCUAACCAUUGACAAUAAUCUACACGGACUCAAGUGAUCAACUUCACCCAAAGUUUGUUUACUAUGAAGCAUCAAUAGUGGAGGACGGAGCUCCUGUCACUUAGUUAUCUCAAUUGAAAGUUCGGAGAAAAGACUUCAAAUACUUGUUAGUUGGAAGGCAACCCAACAACUUCAAUUUGCGUAUCUUUCUCUUUUCUUUUAAAUAAAUUGUUAAAGUUAGGGAUUGAAUAGUUUAGUUGAUGAAUGAUAGAAUUUUAGCCCUCGCCAAAUAAAUUAGCUGAAUGAAUGUUGUAGUGGAUAAUUGAAAUCCUUACGUGUUGUUAAAAAUUUAUCAUUGCCUGAAAAUGCCAAGAUCGCGGGCGCGAUGUUAAAGAUCGUGGCGGAGAUCUCGUCCGUACCUAUUUAAGGGGAAGGUGCACUAAUCAUUUCAUGUGUUCUCUGUCCCCAUCUACAACCUAAUCACGUACACCAUGUUCUCAAAGCACUUUUGAACCUUUUGACCUUAUUUCAUCUUACCUCUAUUUCAAGUGUCUAUAUUGAAGUAUUGCUUAAUUUCUUGGAUUAAUAUCAUGUCUUCAAGCAAGUUAAGGUACUAUUUUCCAUUUUCCUAUCAUUUUGGUACCUUAGAUAGGUCAAGAUGUGUUUGAUUGCAAAGUGAACUUGGUGAUUUUGAGGGCUUUGGGAUGGCUUCUUUAUGCAAUAGGAAUAAUAUUUAUGCUUUCAAGGAUGUUUUUUGUUAAUGGGGAGACCUUGGUGGGUUAAUUUGACUUAAUUUUCUUGUUCUCAAAGUUCUCCCACCAAGUGUUCAAUGAAAUUUCCCAAUCACAUAUCAUUCACUUUUUUUUUUCUUAUGAUUUGCAAUUAAACUUGUAUGCUUAUGAAUGAACCUUGCAUGCAUGAGUUUGGUUUAUUUAUGGAAAAGGAGGAUUAAUUAUAUUGAUUAAACCAUGAUUCUUUCUCCGUGCCAUUUUUAAAUAUAUGAUCUCACUUAAGUGUGGGGGUGGAUGGAUACUUACAAUAGCAUUUUUCUAAGUUCAAUUGUUGAUAUCGAGUGGAUUAAUGGUGUUUGUACAUCUUUCGUGCUACACUUCUUGUGUAGGGUAUCUAAAAAGUAUAAAAGCAUGGUCCGAGGGGAGAGUUCUCAACUGGUGGAGAGCUCCUACUCUCCUAACACUCGCUAUGAUUCAAAGAAGAAGAGGAGUAAACCCCGACUAAAAGAAGUUAUCGUUGAAGCUAUUAAGCAUUGAGGAGAACAUCUAUAGCGUGUUCGUAUUGGAGUUCCUUAACACACUCACUAUUCAAGAUCUCGAAGGAGCUACAGAUUUAGAGUACAACAUUGAAUUCAAAAUCAGAGAAGAACAUCUCCAGAUGUCAAUUCGGGACUUGACAAGAGCUUUAGUUAUAAACCCAUAAGACGUUGUGGAUUCAUUAGAUGAUUUUUGCCACCUUGAUUAUAGAAAGUGAUUUUCCAUGCUUCAAAGCAUUUGAUGAAUCUGAGGAGCCAGGCAAGGAGCCAGGCAACCGACACUGGGAUGUCAAGCUGUCAAGGGCCAGUGAGCUGAGGCGGGAAUGGAUAUUGAUCCACCACGUGAUUGCUAGGUUCGUGUGGGUAGGAAAUACAAGAGUAAGGGCAAUUUGGCUGACAAAGACAUCACAUUUCUUCAUAGCAUGCAUACCCCUCAGACCUUUCACCUCGGUCUGGCUAUCCUAUACCCAUUUAAGCAAUAUGAGAAGGAUCAUCGACUUGCUGCAUUGCACGGUGGAGUGUAUGUCACCCGAUUCGCUCGUUUCUUCGCGAUUGACUUUCAAGCUAUUAAAUUUUGAAUGGACUCGAAGACUACACAUAUUUCUUUUGAGACCUUAAAGUCAAAGAUUAAGGUUGUAACUCCGAGCGUUAAUGGUAUUUGGGGUCUCCAAGGUUUUCCCUUCCCACUCACAAACACAUUAGAUAUGGAGGGCACAAUGUUUCGCCUUCUAGUUCCCGCCAACCAUCGUGCAACUAGGAAGGUAAUGGAAGGGGAUGGCGAGGAGGGCCAAGAGGAAAGCAUGCAAGAAGAGGAGGUGACACAUCAAUCGAUCCACCAUCCGGCAACCUCAACUAUCAAGUGAGGUAGAGACUACCAUACCAAGGUAAUGAUAGCGACCAUCCUCUAUAACCAAAGAAGAGAGAAGGAGGCAAGGCAAAACCUAAUGGCGUGCAUACAGGCGAUUAUGGAGAAGAUGGAGAUCCCUUUAGCGGAUAUCUCCCCACCAUUUGUGUGCUUUCCUUCCCCCGAACAUUUUCAAGCCGGAGAAGAAGAAGAAUCUUCCGAGAAGGAUUAAGUCUUAGGCAUUCCAAGGCCUAUCUUUCAUUUCUUUGCUUCUCUUUCUUUUUACUUUAAACAAUGUUUAUUGUUAUGUCUUAAUUUUCGUAGUUCAUAUUUUACUUUACCUAGUUGUAGUACCUUAAAUACUUAAUUAUCUAUAUUAUUUUGUGCCUUUUAACCUUCUUUCUUUCUUUAUUUUACUUAUGUGCUUUAUCGUUCUAUACAAACCAGAAAGACAAAGACCUACACAUUUGCACCAACAACAACCCAACCAAAUACCAUAUGGUAACGAUUCAUGAACCUACCUUAGAAUUCCAAUAUUGAGGAUUGAUUUUAAUUGCUUUUAUAUAAAAUUUUAUUUUAGAGAGUUAAUGAAAUUAUUAGGUUUAUUUUAUUUUGUAUAGUGAAUUGAAUUUAGUAUUUUUGUAGUUGUGAUGUGCUCAUAUAAUUCAGUACAAUGAUGUUAGGGUUUAGGCUUUUGUAUUUAUAUUAGUUUUAGGAUGUCUCUAACAAGUUGUUCAAUCGUAAUUAUAGGUAGACAUGGCUUACGAUUUUGACCAACAGAUGAUUACACUUACUACUUCCUUAAUUACAUUUGAUAUUCUAGAUCGGACGAUGUUGUGACAAUGACAAUAAAACAUCUUGAGGUUUUAUGGUAUCAUUCUACUGAAGCUCUUGAGGAAGGCACGAGACACCUAAUAAUAAAAGACUUGAUAUGUGUUAUAUGUAUCGCGACAAAUGUAGAAGGGAGAAGAUGUCAUACAAUCCAUAUCUGAUGAAAGAGAGACGUGUCAAUACAAGUUGGAAAGGGACUAAUUACAUGUUCAAGGUAAAAAAUUUAGAAUCACUUAUUGAUCCAGAGGAUGCUAAUGGACCGACAUUCAAGGUGGUGUAAGGAGUGACAGAGAGGGGAACCAGACGGAGGCGAGGGUGUCAUAACCAUGAGAAAAUGCUUUACCCGGAGGGCCAUAGUUAGAAGAAGCAAUUUAGUCAUCAGGAUAUAAAAGAGACCAUGAAAAUGAGAGAUUUUGGGGUCACUACGGCGCAACAGAAGAAGACAAUAAAUGAUCAAAAAGGGUGACCAAUGGCAUCACAACAUCACUAAUUUUAUAACCGAGGAUCCAAGAUUAGGAGAGAUAACAUGGACUAGAUGGAUGCAAUCAAGUAUGUGUUGCAAGCCGCAAAAAGUGAGCAGUACCAUAUACAGUAUCUGAAAGAUGAUGACAACAUGCUCACCCAUCUUUUCUUUUCCCAUCUGGCUUCCAUCUAGAAGAUGAAGGCAUGGUCAUACGUGAAUCGUUGGUGAAGGUCGUAAGUGUUACUCUCGUUGCGAAGAACUUCAACAUAUGUUGUGUUCUUAUGAAGGAGGAGACAAAAGAGGCGUACCAUUGGUUGUUGAUGUGCAUAAAAUAAUUGCCCAGUCCACGUGUUUACCUAACUAAGAAGGUGGACUAAUCGUAACAAUUCCUAAGGUCUUCUCCUACACCCCACAUUUGUUAUGUGUUUGGCACAUCAACAACAAUGUGAAGGCAAAGUUUCCGGAAAUAUUAGGGGAAGAACAAGUUGGAUUUAGUCGAAGAAGUUUACAAUUGUAACACCUCGAAUUUUGGAUUAUGGUUUGACCAUAAUACGUGAUCGGUUGGGUUGGCAGUUGCGUACUAAUUAUUAUUAUUACUAUUAUUAUAAAAAAUAAAUAAAAAAUAAGCAAGGGGCCGAGAGGGAGAGGGCGGCCCUCUCCUUUCCCCAAAAAUUUCCCCAGCACCCAGCCAUCAUCCCAAAGCCCGCCCCAAUCAAUUGCCCCAAGCAAAGAGAAAGGCCGCCCCAAUUAAUUGCCUCUGAAAUUCCCCAAACCCCCCAGCAGUAAAAUAAACCCCCGACCCCCCUUUCCGAUUCUUCAAAUCACCCCAGCCGCUUCUGCUUCAUUGAGAACAAAAAGAAAACCCGACCCUCUCAAUAACCCCCCGCCCAUUCGUCUUUUCCCAGCAGCAGCAGGCCCACGCCGCCAUCGCCAAUCCCCUCUUCAAGCAAAGAAUAAUCACCGCCGCCCAAUCUCGAUUCCGAUCCCAUCCCUCUCGUGUUUCUAGGUAAGGAUCACGAACCCCUUCGCGAUUUCGAAACGCGAUUUCUCGUUAGACUAAUUCGAAGCUCGGAUUUUUAUUAAAGGUGACGUUGAGGGUGCGAUCAACAAGGAGAUCAACGUCCCAGAUCAUCUAAUCUAGUCCUAAGCGCGUUCGAGAGCUAAAUGAACUCGAUCCCUUUGAGUUAGGUCAUUUAAUUUGGUGAAUUUUUUCGUGAGGGUGAAAUUCUGAUGUUUUAGCAACAGGCGUUCAGGCCUUUAGUGACAGAAUUUGGGUGGUCACUACAGCUGCUGGGAAUUUCCAGAAAUUUGUUUUAGAUGGUUUAAAUUGUUUCGAGUCUUUACGAGGAUUUGUUCUUGAUUUUAAAUUUUUUAUAAAUUGAGGCAGGUCUAGGAGAUGACUGUAAAUUAAUUUGGGAAUGUUUGAAGAUGUAUUUCUAAUUUUAGAAAUUGUUCGAACAUUUGUUUUCAAUAAAUAAAAAUAAUUCUGAGGAGUUUAUAAGGGUUUGAUAAUUUUCCAGGUUAUAAGUACUCAUGAUUGAUAUAGGAAAAUUAUGAUCCGAAUUUUUAAGAAGGUUCAAGUUAGGUGGAAAAUUCGUUCAAGACUAAAAUAAUUAGGAAAAGUAGUCGGUUUUGACGGGACUGGUUUUAGAAAAUUUUUAAAGGGGAUUAAGGGACCUUGGGAGCAAGUCUCAAGGGCUGGAUGUCGAGGAGAGGAUGUUCUAGUGACCCAAAAUGGAUUUCUAAAUCGAGAAAGGACGACUAAAGAGAUGACUUUCUUAUUAAUAGGUUCACCAAGAUAUUUCAACUAAGAGGGUUUUCUUCGAGUAAAGAAUCGAGGAGUCAGCUUUUCAAGGUGAGUGUAAAGGGGGUAAAUUCCACGCCUUACGUGUUCUUUCAAGAAUUACAAGUCUUGAGUAUUUUGAUGAAGUGAAUGUCGUUGUUUGAUUGUGCCUAUGGUUGAUGAUACGUGAUUCUGUUUGAGCUAUGCUUGAUGUGAAUGUGCAUGAGUUCUUAUUUAAUUUUAAGCUUUAAGUUUAUAAGUUAUUGUUAAGGUUAAGAAACAAGUUCUUUUUAAGAAGUAACUCACCUUCAAGAAAGUGAAGUCGUUUUAAGUGUUUUUAGUCACUAGCGCCAGUCCGUUGCCUUUUGAGACAGUUUGAGAUAGAUCAGCAGUUAUGCUCUUGAGACUUUUAAGAUGGGCAGCAGUUAUGCCCUUGAGAAUCGUGGUGAAGAGCCACCACGAUAUGUUUAAGAUGUUUGGGGGAUAAAUCGUUACGACUUCCCUAACUAAGUUUAAGUUUAAGGAAAGCCUGAAUGGCUUCUCAUACGUAUGAGUUGGCAACCGGACUAGCUAGUGAGGGAUCCCCGUGUCAGUCAAAAGAUUUAAGUCAAGUUUUUGAGCUUUAAGAAGGGAGAGUAACUUUAACUCCCGGAGAAUUUUUUAGUUAUAAUUGUUAAGAGUGGAAGUACAAAAAAACUUCCACUAGUAGAAGUUAAGUGUUUAGAGAAGAAUACUAAAGUACUAUAGAUUUUAUCGUAAGGGCGUAGACUGACCCCAACUCACUCACCAGAUCGUAGAGGAGGAAAUCCUAACCAGUCAGUCCGUGAUCAGCAAGCUAGAGGAGCUCAACACCAUCGUCGCUGAGAGAUGUCGAGCCAGGCGUCAGAGUAAGCAUCAGAGAACUUUUUCAAGUUACUAAGACUUUAUAGUUAAGAGUUAAAGAUUGGAGAUUCAUUCCUUUGGACAAUUUGAGUUUUGCCCACAUGUUUAGGGCUUCGAUUUGAGAUAUUUGAGUUUGGUAUUUUAUUUUAAACUUGUGUUAUUUGAGAUUUUUAAUUAUACCCCGGGGUAGAAAUGUCCUUUUCAAAAUUCAAAGAGGUGGGAUGUUUCAACAAUGAUGGUUGGGCUCGAUUCCUUUAUUCCUAGUCUGAAGAAGGUAUGUUGGCUGCUUUAGGUCACUUUAGGGCGACAUGGAGCAAUGACAAUGCACGUCUGCUGCUGACUCGCACGGAACUACACCACAAAUUAAUUCCGACUAGAGCCCACGUUUUUAAACUCUAGUCGGGUGCAGUAUAGGGCAAGUAUUUAAAUUGUCAACCCGGACCGGUCAAUGUACCCCUACUCAAUCGCUUAAGUUGUUAUCUAUCAAAACGGUUUUAGGUUUAAACUAAGAAACCUACAAAUGAAAACAAGCAAAUAAAGUAAAUCGAGGUUGUCCCAAUGAGAGAAGAGUUCACCCGGGUGUUGAUCCCCCUAGCUAGAAAUUACGACUUGAAGGAUCGAACGACCGUGUAGGGGGUCAUAAACCACAGGGAAGUCUAACAAGCAGCCAAAGCUACCCUCUUAGCCUCUAGGUUGAGGAAUGGGAUACGAUCCAAGCCACUAAUGUGACCCUCUCAACCUAUAGACUAAAGAAUGAUUAGACUUCACCCUCGAAUUGGAGUUCGGACGACCACCCACAACCUAACCCUAAGUAUGCAAAAUAAGAGGUUUGCCCUUUAACUAACCUAGAAUAGGAGGCAUAUAAUGACCAAGGAAACCCAUCUCUAAUAGAGCCUCUUAAGUUAAGGAGGGUUCUCUCUAAACUAACUUAGGAGGCGUUGAAUCCCAAGGACACCCAAUUAACCUCUUAACCUAAGGAGGUCUCCUCACUAAUCUAGGUUAGAAUGACAAUUAGAUUGAUAGGCUUUCACACAACACAAUUAUUUCUGAAUAAUACCUCCACAUUCACAUUAAAACACAACCACACACAGAUCAUUCAGUUCAUACAAACAUUCAUACAAUUGUAGCUAGGGUUUACAACACCUAAGUGAAUAGGUAGGCUAAUCCAUAGCCAGGUAAAGGAAAAAAACAAAAAGGAGAGAAAGAACCAUGGAGAGGUGGAAAUCUUCCUUCCUUGUUGCUUGAAUCUCCCUUGAGAAGAAGAAAUCUUCAAUCCCCUAGCUUGAAUUGAGGCAAUUUCCUUCUUCCUCCUUUGAUUAUCACUUUCUCUCUCUAGAAUGUGAAGGGAAAACCCUAAUCUCUCACUAGAACCCUCUUUAUUCUGAAAACUAAAACCCUACCUAAAAGCUCUCACUUCUUCUUCCUUUCAGCUCUCCAUUUAUACUGAGAUCGCGCCCAGUUUACGACCUUCCAAUUCACGGCCAUGAACACCUAAACGCGUCCGUGAACUCAGUGUCAUGGGCCAAAACGCAUCGCUUCACUCCCGGAGUUCAUGGUUUGUGCUUACAGUUCGCGGUCUUAGCGACCGUGAACUGCCUUGUCAUCCAAAACCUUUGGAACCCCUCUCGACACUUCUCUGUUCACGGUUUGUGGUUCCAGUUCACGGUCAUGGCGACCGUGAACUCGCAGCUCUGACCGUGAACUGCAGAUGGUUCUUGGAUGUCUGCGCUUUACUUUCACAGGGCAAUUGUCACGGUUGCUACUUUGGACUUUUCUUCAGUUUUUGCGCUUUUUGACCUCCAAUCGUCCCGAAACUCGUACUCGACCCUUCCACACGUGCUAUGACAUGAAAUGUAUCAAAACAAGCACAACCUAGCAUGAAAAAUGUCGAGGAACGAUGAAACGCAAAGUCAAACUAUCAAGAAAUGAGGGCCAAAAUGUGUACAAUUGGACCCGAAUCAGUUGCAAUACGUUGAACGAGAGUGGUGGCAGCACUGAGAGAAGUGGGUUAUAUGCCAUACCAAAAAUGUGUUUCAAAUGGAAAACACAUUGCACAAACAUGAGUCAUCACAUUCAUCAUUUAGAACGUCCCUUUGGUGAUGAUGGUUGUGGGGAGGGAGAAGAGCAGCUUUGGAUGAAAAUGGGGAUGGACAUGGAGUGGGAAAUGUUGAGGUAGAGGUAGAGUUUUAAAAUGAGGAAGGGUAAAAAAAAGUAUUUUUAUUUAAUAUUUGCCAUUUGGACAACAAAUAUCACUAUAUUAGUAAUUCAGUAUUUUACCUCCCAAUUUUUACCUGGAUUCCUAUUUAACGCUCUAACUUUUUAAAUUUUACGCCCUAAAUUAACCAAACAGACAAUAUUACCCCUAUUAGCCAUCGCCCUUAAUCAACAUCGCUCUGCUCCGCCCUAAUCCUGCUCAUUUAAUUCACCGGCGUCUGACGAAAAUUGCGCGGCUGCUCUACUGCUCCGCCACCGGUCUCCGCCGACAGGAUUGCCACUUCGCCAAAUGAGGACGCAGAAGAGAGAAACGAAUCCCGCCACGCUACGAGCAGGAAUCGCGAUCGAGGAAGGAGGAGGAAGAAGACGGAUCGAGGAAUCGCGCUGAGCACUCUGACGAACACUCCGCCCCGCCGGUUCAAUCGUCUGGCGGUCUAUGGUUUUCGGAGGAGGAAGAGGAACCGUCGCGCCGAGCAGGAACCGCGAUUAAGGAAGGAGGAGAAAGAAGACGGAUCGAGGAAUCGCAGGUCUGGUUGCUGGUCGGGUCGCGGGCUGCCGGACUGUGCGGUUUGGUUUGGUUGUUUGAAUAAAUGAUUAGAAUGUAUUAUUAUUAUUAUUAUUAUUAUCAGUGAUGAUUUUAUGACCGGAAUUGCAAGACAACUUAAUGUACAAUUAUUAUUAUUAUGAGUGAUGACUUUAUUGGUAUAUAUAUAACUAAUGUACAACAUUUAAAUAUUGUGUUAUAAUUAAUUAGUUAUGUAUAAUUAAUUGGUUUUAUAAUCAAUAUUGAGUUUUAUCAUUAACGUACAAUCAUUGAGAUUUAUAUUUAAUUUUUAAAUAAUGUGAUUUACAUUUUACAAUUAAUCUACAUUUACAAUCCUCUUUAAAUGUAAGAAUAUAAAAUAAUAAUCACUUGAUAAUGACACAAAGGUAAAUCCAUAAGAAUAUAAAAUCCAAAUCACUUGAUAAUGACACAAAGGUAAAUCCAUAAUUCGACAUAAUGUUCAAUCUAAAAAAAAAAAUAACGCAACAAUGUUUAAUCACUAUUGUCAUCUUCAUUGGCUGGAUGAUGUCCUCCGAGAUCGACAUACAAUUGUCGCCCCUGGCUCGUAUAACGAAUCCCAAUUAGCAAUUCUUAGCAUAUCCCGAAAGUGAGACCACUGUGGACUAAAAUUAGGUAUUGGUGUGACCCCAUCAACUUCGCCAAAAUAUAGUCGCACCCAAUGUGCCCCAGUAAAAGCAAGAGUUAUAACUUGACUAGGUUGAGUGACCCCUUCCGGCGCCGUCAAAGGUAAGACUGUGUACCCAUACGUGGUUCGUUCAUUAUACAGUCCAUAAACAACAAUUGCACAGUUGUAUAGGGUUGCGAAUGUCAGCAAAUCCACCUCCUCAAACCAAUACUCUUGUGUGCAACUCCCAGCAGUCCGACGAUCCAGCCUAUGACGUGCUGCCUCCAAUGAUCCAUCUCUGUAAAGAUAAACCCCCUCAUAGAUAGGCCUUUGAUCAUUGAUUUCUGUGACAAGAUUUUGCCUCAUUUGUAAGUAGUGUUCCUCGUCUCCAUAAAUCACAUGUGACAUGACUCGAAAACCACAAUGCCCGUCUGGUUUUGGGUCAAACCAACCUCUAAGAAGAGGGCGGGCGCUGAGUGGGAUAUAGCGGAGAUAAGGACAAACAUUUCUCUCAUUGUGGACUUGCAUAUGCUGACUUUUCGAGACACCUCCUGUUGGUACAAAAAAUAACUACUGUAAACGGCUACAUACCAAGGAGUAUGAUUACACCAAAAAGAUAAGAAUUUUGCUAACCUGCAGGAGUCGUCUUGUGUGUCUUUCUCGUGUUCUCAUUUGUUUUGCUCCUCUUUGUCGUUCGUGUCCUCUCAUGCUCAAACCAAGAAGGAUCUCUAGUGUUCGACCUCUUUGGUGGUCGUCUCUUCAGAGCCUUUGACUCUCUAGGCUCUAAUAGGCCUGCAACUUGUGGACGAAUAUGAGGGAGUAGUAAUUAAGAUGCCUUCCGGACAGCAGCUGGUCCUUGCCUGUACACAUCCUCCACCAUGGCUGUAAAAAUUCCACGGUCAGUGGCAUCAUGGUCCUCCCAUUUUGCACCAUCAGGAGGACUCUCAUACACCAAAGAUGACCAGAAUCGAUGUAAGUGGUAAGGGUGUAACUCCAUGCCGGCAUCACUAAGUGCAUCCAUCUUACAUUUACAUGGCAAACCAUGUGUCUCAAGUAGCCGACAUCCACAUCGCUGAACAAUUUCUCUGGCUCGUUCUUUCAUCAACAACUCAAUUUCCCACAAGCUUACUUCCAUAUUCAAGUGACCAUAUGGCGGACCGUAAGCUAAUUUAAAUACCUAUUUCAAAGAACGAAUUUCUAAGUCAAAAUCAAAUUGAGUAUACGGAGGAAUAUCAACACCAUUGAAGAAAAAAUGAAAAUACCUUCAAACGCGAAUCCUCUAAGUCCUUUCUUAGUUCAGUCACUUUUCCCUCAAUGGAUGUGUGAUAUCUGAGAAAGAGUGUGUCGAUCUUGUGGGUCAAACUGGCAAGUCAUUUCUUCAAAGAUGAAUGAGCUGACUCUACCAUGUUUGUGCUCGUGUUACCAAUAUGGAAAACACGAUUGGUGUAGCAAUGAGCACACCUUUGCGCACAUGGUAUCCACUCACCCUUCAAGUAGUUCAUGAAGCGUAGGUUUGUACCCCACUCACUAUUCUGCAAGUCUACCCACCGCUGCUGGAACCCUCUCUGCGUGUUGGCAUUCAUAAGUGUCUGCCAAUGCCCUGCUACAAACGCCUCUGCAGAUUCUCGACUUGACCCGAAAGACAUCAUCUUAGCUUUAAUGUUUUUCUUCAUGUGCCACACACAUAGUAAAUGAGCUGAAGAUGGAAAGAUCUCAUGCACGGAGACACCCAACCCUCCCUCCUUAUCGAUGACGAACGCAUCUGGUCUUCGACCACCAAGAACAUUCUUCAAUUGCGACAAAACCCAAGCAUAUGUCUCCUUUGUCUCAUCUUAAACCAAUGCGAACCCUAUGUUGAAGUUCUUCUUCACCGGACUAACACCAAUCAACUGAACCAGUGGUUGCUUAUACUUGUUGGUCUUGUACGUCGAGUCUAUCAAAAUAACGAAAUACCAUGCGCUCAACAUCUUAAUAGACUCUGGAUGGCAAAGGAGGAGUCUAGUAACACAACGUUCAUCAUCAAAAUCAACCCCAAUGAAGUAGCCAAGACGGUCAGCUUCUAUCAAUGUGCAGCGCACAGGGGAAAGGCCACCCAAUCUCUCAUGCCUAAUCCUUGCUGUCUCAUUAUAAACCUGAUCCAUGUUGUGAUGAGCAUCAUACUUCCUAUUUAUAAAACUUCUUAUAUCUCUCACCUGAGUAUGUGUUGCCUCCAACUCCUUAAUUUCAUUUUUUUCCUCUUUUGAAAGAGCAUUCCUUUGCUUGCUUCCUUCAGAAUAAACCUCCAAUUUGUGAUUGUGAAAUCCCUUUGACUUCCCAGAUCAGUCCAUACCACCCAAAAUUCUCCACUGACAUUUGCCAUUACCAAUGAAGCCCGCACUACAACUUGGAAUUGACAACCUUGUUUGCCUGAUUUUGAUUUGACCCGUCUUGUCUUCGUCAAAUCUGGGGUAUAUGAUUUGCUCCUAUUACCAUGGUUGCAAUCCAUAUAUACCCGCAGAUAGUCUUCUCCUCGGUUUCGCUUGAUUGAUCCCACAACCAAGAAAAAUCUAUUUCUUUGGGCAAUAUCCUUUGCCGCCGCACAAGCUUCGGCACGGGUAUCAUAAACAACAUCGCUUAUGAACAAUGAUGUGUAAUCAAAAUUGUCACCCUCAUCACCUCCAGAAUCUCCCUACAAUUAAAUAUUAUAAAAACAUAUAAGGUUGAGCCAUGCAAGAAUUAUGGUACAAUAAUGAAACUAUCAAACAAUAAACAAAUAAAAUACUUACCGAAUUACUCAUAAUAUACUCCAAAGGAAAUAUCCUUAUUCAAACUUGAUUAUCUUCGAUUACACGUCUUUAUUUCUAUGGUGUUUUGUAAAAUUCGUAGGUCUUACAUUCUCUAUUUAUAGAUGUUGCAAAAACAUGUACUACCCUUCUAGGAAUAGAAAAACAAAUCCUACACUAACUCGGAAACAUAAUAUUACUUGAACAAUGACUGCAACUACUAAUUCAUCUUCUAAAUAAUAAAAUUAAAUAAAUAUGGUGUCCUUUUCCUUUGAGGAAUUAUUUAAUUAUUUUAUAUUGUUAAUAAGUGUCCAACCUAUGUAAAAAAAAAGUGUCCAACCAGACCAGAUUCAAACGUCCAACCAGAUCAGAUCCAACCCAACCGAUUCCUGCACUUUCAACCAAACUUGACCAGUCCCUAAAAAAAAAAAAAACCAGACUUGACCCGGAGCGCUUCCUUCUUCGUCCUCACCAGAGAAUCGCGAAGGCAGACUUGACCGGCGCACUGAGCACGAACGGCGGCGGGAUUCUAUCUACGUCCUCUAUCGGCGCACCAGCAGGCAUGGCGCGAGGGAUUCAUGGAGAACGGCGACGAUGAUUAGGGCGAUGACGAUGAUGUACGAUGAUGGUAUUCUCGGGCGACGGCGGCGAUGAUUCUUCUCGGUGCGCGAUCAACAGCUUCUCGACAACGAUGAUUCCUCUCGGGCUCUGCGACCAGGCCCUUCCUUCCGAACGCGUUUCCGAGCGAUCAACUGCUCGCCGAAUGAUUCCUCGAGGUGACAUCCUCGCCAACGAUAAGCAUCCUUCCAGGGGGAACGACAGCGGUAGGGCGGCUGAAGCUAUUAAUUAGGAUUACGCAUUUAGUUAGAAAUUGGGGAUUUUUUAAGGGCAAAAUCGUGAACUAUUUUAAAUUAGGGCGAUAAAUUCAAAAAAUUAGGGUGUUAAUUAGUAACUCUCGUUUUUACUCCCCAAGUAUCACUCCAGUUCCCGCCGAAAUCCUCCCCAACUCUCCAGUCUCCAGUAUCUCGCUGCUGUUUUCUGUCAGGCAUUUCUUACUGGUUGGCUUCUAUCUGUCUAAUUCCCGGUGGAGAUGCCGGAGCUGGACUAUGCCAAAGCAAUGGCUGAGUUUCUGAUACGCCACCACUCACGGCAACUCCGGUCGAUAGUCCUGUCUCCCGAUCCCAAGCUCCAUUAUCCUCUCCACAUCGAUUUUGCAGAGCUAUUUGACGAAAACCCUCCGGUUGCCAGCCUGGUUUUCUCUCAGCCCGCUGAGUACCUGCUCCAUUUUGACAAAGCAGCUCUAUGGGCUCAUAAAAUCGUCCUCGAGAAUCUGGAUGCUGGUGAGAAAGGGACUGAGAAGAAGUUCAUUCAUGUUCGUAUUAAUGUCAAUGGAUCUCCACUUGAAUUCUCUGAAACGUUUCCACGCAUUGGACAUGUGAGGGUGAGACACAGAGGGAUUCUACUGACCCUCAAGGGAACUGUUAUCCGUUCAGGAGCAGUGAAGAUGUAUGAAGGCGAGAGGAUGUAUCGCUGUCGUAAAUGCAAACAUGAGUUCCCAGUUUAUCCUGAGCUGGAGUCCAGAAACACCAUAGCUUUGCCAUCAUUUUGCCCGUCAGAGAGACCCAAGCCCUGUGAAGGGACAAGGUUUGACUGUGUAGAUGAAACUACAAUCUGCCACGAUUACCAGGAAAUUAAAAUCCAAGAAAGUACUCAGGUGUUGGGUGUUGGUGUAAUUCCUCGUUCAAUUCCAGUCAUCUUGAUGGAUGAUCUGGUUGACGUGGUUAAAGCUGGGGGUGAUGUGAUUAUUACUGGGCUUUUGACCGCAAAGUGGUCUCCUGACCUAAAAGAUGUCCGCAGUAACCUGGACCCUGUGUUAAUUGCUAAUAAUGUGCGGCGAACCAAUGAGCUGAAAUCAGACAUUGACAUCCCUAAUGAUAUUAUGAUGACAUUCAAACAGUUCUGGUCAGACUUUAAAGAUGCACCUUUGAAAGGUAGAAACACCAUUCUACGAGGUGUUUGCCCCCAGGUGUUUGGACUCUUUACUGUGAAGCUUGCUGUAGCACUGACACUUAUUGGGGGAGUGCAACAUGUUGAUGCAUCUGGUACUAAGAUUCGAGGAGAAUCUCAUUUACUUUUGGUUGGGGAUCCAGGUACUGGCAAGUCUCAGUUCUUAAAAUUUGCUGCGAAGUUAAGCAACCGAUCCGUCAUCACUACUGGAUUGGGGAGCACUAGUGCAGGCUUGACUGUCACUGCUGUCAAGGAUGGAGGUGAAUGGAUGCUGGAAGCUGGAGCCCUUGUUUUAGCAGAUGGAGGACUUUGUUGCAUCGAUGAAUUUGAUAGCAUGAGGGAACAUGACAGGGCAACUAUUCAUGAGGCAAUGGAGCAGCAGACGAUAAGCGUUGCCAAGGCUGGGCUUGUAACUACCCUUAGUACCAGAACAAUUGUUUUUGGUGCCACAAAUCCUAAAGGACAGUAUGAUCGAGAUCAAUCUCUUUCGGUCAAUACGGCACUCUCUGGUCCAUUAUUGAGCAGAUUCGACAUAGUGCUAGUCCUCUUGGAUACAAAAAAUCCUGAAUGGGAUGAAGUCGUGUCAUCUCAUAUUCUUGCAGAGGAAAAGUUAAAAACGCAUGAAGAUUCAGAUAGUAUCUGGACACUGGCGAUGCUUCGGAAGUACAUUAACUUUGUGAAAGGGUACUUUAAACCACUCCUUACUACAGAGGCCGAGGAAGUUAUAUCGAGCUACUUUCAACUUCAAAGGCGAUCUGCAACUGAUAAUGCAGCCAGGACAACCAUUCGCAUGCUUGAAAGCUUAAUACGAUUAGCUCAAGCGCAUGCAAGACUAAUGUUCAGAAAUGAGGUUACCCGGUUGGAUGCUAUAAUGGCCAUCUUAUGCAUGGAAUCAUCGAUGACCACUUCUGCCAUAGUGGACAGUUUUGGGAAUGCGCUCCAUUCAAACUUCACGGAAAACCCUGAUGAAGAAUAUACAAAGCAAGAGAAAAUGAUUCUGGAAAAGCUGGGACUGAUCGAUGAGCCCUUUAUGAGGUAGGCACAGGCUAGCAGCUGGAAUCGGACGGCACUUCAUAAAGCUAGCAGAGCAUACGUACCACCUUGGUUAAAUCACCUGCUGCUUUCAUGGUAAAAGAAAGUUAUCAUAGGCUACUCAAAUAUUAUCAUUUUAUUUCGUCAUAAAGGCAUGGACUAUCAUAGCUAUUCAGUAAAAUGGUGAAUCCAGCUUUCGACGAUUGAGCAACCACAUGGUAGUUGCAACAGGUUUGUUGUGGCUCUUCUAUUUUCUGAUUUAAUAGCAUCCAUCAGAUGAACGAAUUUUCAACAAUCCAAUGUUUGGAUGUCCCAAGAUGAUGGAUGGAUGGUUCUGCGAAGUAGGAAGUGGAGACCAAAUACUGAUCCUGACAUGACAAUGAUGAGAUGUUAAAAAAAAAAAAAGAGACUAAAUACUUGUUUUUCAU